GAAAUAAACGAGAGAAAAAAAGGUAAGAUAACUACAAACAUUUCAGUGGGGCUAGCAAGUAGAUGGGAAGAGAGGUGUAGAGGGAGAAAAAUCAGAGUCCCGAAAGAAACCCUACGAAAUCAUCUAUCGUAUAAAGAAGAGUUGUUGGGUUUCACAAUCAAAUUCAAAAUGAACAAGCUGGGUAGAGGGCAUCGGGACAAAGUUCAGCAGUUCAUGACAAUAACUGGAUCCAGUGAAAAAGCUGCAUUUCAGGCCUUGAAAGCCAGUGAUUGGCAUAUCGAAGGAGCUUUUGAUGUAUUCUACAGCCAACCGCAGAUUAAAUCAUAUGCUGAUACUAGACAUGUGGAGGAACUUUACAACAGAUAUAAAGAUCCAUAUGUUGAUAUGAUUUUGGUUGAUGGCAUCACACUCCUUUGCAAUGACCUUCAGGUGGAUCCCCAAGAUAUUGUUAUGUUAGUUCUUUCUUGGCACAUGAAGGCUGCCACCAUGUGUGAAUUUUCCAAGCAGGAGUUCAUUGGUGGUUUACAAGCUCUUGGGAUAGAUACACUGGAGAAGUUCUGUGACAGGAUACAAUUUAUGCGUUCUGAGCUGAAAGAUGAGCAAAAGUUCCGUGAGAUCUAUAACUUCGCUUUUGGCUGGGCAAAGGAGAAGGGUCAGAAAUCUUUGGCAUUGGAUACUGCAAUUGGGAUGUGGCAGUUGCUUUUUGAAGAAAAGCAGUGGCCAUUGGUUGAUCACUGGUGCCAGUUCUUGCAGGCCCGUCAUAAUAAAGCAAUCUCUAGGGACACCUGGUCUCAACUACUGGAAUUUGCGAGGACGGUGGAACCAACACUAUCAAACUAUGAUGCAGAAGGUGCCUGGCCGUAUCUUAUCGAUGAAUUUGUUGAAUACCUGAAUGAGAAUGGUAUCAUUCAAGGUCAUUUGAAUGAUUGGAGCCAGAAAUGUUGAUGGAUUGAUUGCUGGAGGAGUAUUGUAUGCUAUGGAAUGGGUGUGUUUAGUAUGAUUGAGUUGUUUCUACUUCUACCCCAUAUGAUUCAAUCCUCUCUCACCUUCAAAAGGUAAGUUAUGAAAUACAAAGAGAGAGCACCUUGGAAUUUGAAUGUUGUUUCUCCUUCUCCUGGCUGUUUGAUAUUCAAACCUUUUCAGUGAUGGGUUUGUUGAUGUGUAUGGUAUAUGAUGAAUUUCCUGAUGAAAUAGAUGUCAGGCACAUUGUUAGCUUUCAUUGAUUCGAUAUUCUUACUAGAAUGUACAUUGGUUGAACAUAUUUCAAGUUGUCAAUUGGUUGAAUGAUAGACGAACUCAGGGCUACUGUAUUUUACCUCA